AUGGUUGAAGCUGAUAAAGAUGGUUCUAACCAGAAGCAUAGUUUACUGAAGCCAUUAUAUGGAUUAUUUCAAUACAGUACCAAUAUGAUUGGACUAGAAUCAUUAGCUGAUCCCUCAGAUACUUGGGAAAUCACAGAGACCAUUGGAAAAGGCACUUAUGGUAAAGUCUAUAAGGUUGCCAAUAAGAAAGAUGGGAGUCUGGCAGCAGUAAAAAUUCUGGAUCCUAUCAGUGAUGUGGAUGAAGAAAUUGAAGCAGAAUAUAAUAUUUUACAGUUUCUUCCCAAUCAUCCCAACGUUGUUAAGUUUUAUGGAAUGUUUUACAAAGUGGAUCAAUAUGUAGGAGGACAGCUCUGGUUAGUUCUUGAGCUGUGUAAUGGAGGUUCUGUCACAGAUCUUGUCAAAGGCCUGGUGAAGUGUGGCCAGCGGUUGGAUGAAGCUAUAAUCUCAUACAUCUUAUAUGGUGCUCUCUUGGGCCUUCAGCAUUUGCACAAUAACCGGAUCAUUCAUCGUGACGUCAAAGGGAACAACAUUCUUCUGACAACAGAAGGUGGAGUCAAGCUUGUUGACUUUGGUGUUUCAGCCCAGCUCACCAGUACACGGCUACGCAGAAACACCUCCGUGGGAACGCCCUUUUGGAUGGCACCUGAGGUCAUUGCUUGUGAACAACAGUAUGACUACUCUUAUGAUGCUCGGUGUGACGUAUGGUCCCUGGGGAUCACAGCUAUUGAACUGGGUGAUGGAGAACCACCCUUAUUUGACAUGCAUCCUGUGAAAACACUUUUUAAGAUUCCAAGAAAUCCUCCUCCUACUUUACUACAUCCUGACAAGUGGUGCAGAGGAUUCAACCACUUCAUUUCACAGUGUCUUAUUAAGGAUUUUGAAAACCGUCCUUCAGUCACCCACCUUUUAGAGCACCCAUUUAUUAAACAAGCCCAUGGUAAGGAUAUGUCUUUGCAAAAACAGCUGGCUGAUCUCAUCCAAGCACAACAACAGUUAGGCUCCAUAACCAAAACAAGGCAUGAACGAAUACAUACUAGAAGACCUUACCGUGUAGAUGCAGCUGACAAAUACUCUUUGGAUGAUGAUCUGGUGAACCUAGAGGUUCUGGAUGAGGAUACAAUUAUCCAUCAACUACAGAAGCGCUAUGCUGACUUACAAAUUUAUACUUAUGUUGGAGACAUUUUAAUAGCUUUAAACCCAUUCCAGAAUCUCAGCAUAUAUUCUCCACAGUUCUCCAAGCUUUACCAUGGUGUGAAGCGUUCAUCAAAUCCCCCCCACAUAUUUGCAUCUGCAGACACUGCUUAUCAAGGCAUGGUUACUUUCAGUAAAGAUCAGUGCAUUAUCAUCAGUGGAGAAAGUGGUGCUGGAAAGACUGAAAGUGCCCAUCUGAUUGUCCAGCAUUUGACCUUCCUGGGAAAGGCCAAUAACCGUGCUCUGCGUGAGAAGAUUCUUCAAGUGAACCCUCUGGUUGAAGCAUUUGGAAAUGCCUGCACUGCAAUCAAUGAUAACUCAAGUCGUUUUGGAAAAUACCUGGAAAUGAUGUUCACGCCAACAGGAGCCGUAAUGGGGGCAAAAAUUUCUGAAUAUCUACUUGAAAAAUCCAGGGUCAUAAAACAGGCUGUAGGAGAGAAAAACUUCCAUAUAUUUUAUUACAUAUAUGCUGGCCUUUUUCAUCAGAAGAAACUUUCUGAGUAUAGACUUCCUGAAAAAAAACCUCCUAGAUACAUUGAUAAUGAAACUGGAAGAGUAAUGCAAGAUAUUAUUACUAAAGACUCAUACAGACGACAAUUUGAAGCAAUUCAACAUUGCUUUAGGAUCAUAGGGUUUACUGACGAGGAAGUGCAUUCAGUGUACAGAAUUCUGGCUGGGAUCCUAAAUACUGGAAAUAUUGAGUUUGCUGCCAUUUCUUCCCAACACCAGACUGAUAAAAGUGAAGUUCCAAACCCAGAAGCCUUAGAUAAUGCUGCUGCACUGCUAAGUAUUGGGUCAGAAGAACUUCAAGAAGCUCUAACUUCUCACUGUGUUGUAACACGAGGAGAGACUAUUGUCCGAACAAACACUGUGGACAAAGCAGCUGACGUGAGAGAUGCCAUGUCUAAAGCACUUUACGGGCGACUCUUCAGCUGGAUAGUAAAUCGUAUUAAUACAUUGCUACAGCCAGAUAAAAACAUAUGCAAUGCUGACAGUGGAAUGAAUGUUGGGAUACUAGAUAUCUUUGGAUUUGAGAACUUCACAAGAAAUUCCUUUGAACAACUGUGCAUAAACAUUGCCAAUGAACAAAUCCAGUUUUAUUUCAAUCAACACAUCUUUGCACUUGAACAGAUGGAAUAUCAGAAUGAGGGGAUUGAUGCAACUACAGUGGUAUAUGAAGACAAUCGCCCACUUUUAGAUAUGUUCCUCCAAAAACCAAUGGGACUGCUGUCACUACUUGAUGAAGAAAGUCGAUUUCCCCAGGCAACAGAUCUGACUUUAGUUGAUAAAUUUGAAGAUAAUUUAAGAUACAAAUACUUUUGGAGACCCAAAGGAGUGGAGCUGUGUUUUGGCAUCCAGCACUAUGCUGGAAAGGUAUUAUAUGAUGCCUGUGGUUUCCUUGAGAAGAACCGGGACACGCUUCCUGCUGAUAUAGUGGUGGUGUUAAGAACGUCAGAGAACAAACUUCUUCAGCAGCUGUUCUCUAGUCCAUUAACCAAAACAGGUAAUUUGGCACAGGCAAGAGCUAGAGUGACUGCAGCAUCCAGGUCCUUGCCUCCACAGCUUAGUGCUGGGCGCCUCAAGGUUGACACAAUGGAGAUGAUGCGACACCCUGAAGAAACCACCAACAUGAAGAGGCAAACUGUGGCUUCUUAUUUUAGGUAUUCACUGAUGGACCUCUUAUCCAAAAUGGUUGUUGGACAGCCUCACUUUGUCCGCUGCAUUAAACCUAAUGAUGAUAGAGAAGCACUGAAAUUUUCCCAUGAAAGAGUUCUAGUGCAGUUACGGUACACUGGAAUUCUAGAAACUGUCAAAAUACGUCAGAAAGGGUAUUCUCACCGCAUCCUCUUUGAAGAAUUUGUGAAAAGGUAUUACUACCUUGCUUUCAAGGUGCAUGAGACCCCUCUGGGUAGCAGAGAGAACUGCAUUGCUAUUUUGGAGAAAUCAAAACUUGACAACUGGAUCCUUGGGAAAACAAAGGUUUUUCUAAAGUAUUAUCACAUAGAGCAGUUGAAUUUGUUUCUGCGAGAAGUCAUAGGCAGGGUGGUGGUCAUGCAAGCCUAUAUCAAGGGGUGGCUUGGAGCUAGAAGAUAUAAGAAGGUCAAAGAAAAACGAGAAAAUAGUGCUCUUGCCAUUCAGUCAGCCUGGAGAGGAUAUGAAGUUCGCAGGAAGUACAAGGAAAUAAGGAACAGAAGAACUGAUGCUGCUAUACAUAUUCAAGCAGGUAAUUAA